AUGGCUCGAUCCAUGGCCAGUGAGACGCAUUUCAGUGAUGACCAUGCUGCUGAUGGCUCCGGGAUGCCCAGCAGGAGUUGCACCGAUGUGCCCUGCCUAGUGGUCUUCUUGGGCUAUGUGGCCUGCAUGGUGGGAAUUAGCAUCUAUGCCUUCCAGACCGGACAACCGCAGAAGCUGACUCAUGGCUUUGAUUACAAGGGUCAGCUAUGUGGAGUGGACAAGGCCGUGGAGGAUAAGCCCAUGCUCUUCUGGUGCCCCAAAGGUAACAAGACCCUGCAUGGCCACCCAGCAGAUUUGGAUAUCAAACAUCCGGUUUGCAUGGCCGAAUGCCCGAGCCAAGAGCUCUUGUCUGUUCAUUGCUUCGACAACCCGAAAGCACAUGUGAAAGAUCUUGGCGGAUCAUUCCCGGAUGAGCAGAUCACCAUCCAAACGAGGACAGUGAGAAAGCACACAUACCCGUCACAGGCCUUUGCCGGCAUGUUCUGCGUGCCACGCUUUCACGAGAAGCAGGGGCACAUCCUCGGGGACGAGCCCCUGGUACAGGAGCUUCUCGAUAGCCAUGGACCCAUCGGAAACGGUUACUUCCGCACGGCCGCGGCUUUGGGGAGCUUGCGUCGCUCCUGGCAGUCGGUGGUGAUUGCGGUGCUACUUUCCGUAGUCUUCAGCUACACAUACCUCUUCGCACUCAGGUGUGCGCCCUAUGGGACCAGCAUAGCUAGCAUUGUGAUUGUGAUGGUCGCGAGUCUCACCCUCGGCAUCUAUUUCGUGCUCGCCAGCAAGCUAUCUGGGAGCUGGCUUACACAUUACCAGAACACCAACAGCCUUUACAAGAUUUUUGACACGGAGUACGCCCAGUGGGUCUCCUGGGUGCUAGGAAUGCUUCUCCUGUUCGCCUUCGGCUUCAUGGCUUGUGGCCUCGCGGCAAUCCGCCAGAGCAUCAAACAGGCGACAGGCUGUGUGCGGGUUGCUGCGGAGUGCGUCUUCAGCAUGCCAACGAUGAUGCUGACGCCUUGCUUCGAGGCAAUCUUCAAGCUCGUCCUGUGGUUUGCCCUCCUCAGCAGCCUAAUGUGGCUCUUGGCCACGGCAGAGGUGGUGCCGACCUCUCUUGACGAG